AAAACGAACAAACAAAAAUAAUAAGAAAAACAGCUGCCCAGGGCUUUUUCUUUAUUUCUAGUUGUUUUUUCCAAACGCGAGCGGACUGUUUCUACACUCGUUUUUUAGGUUCUCCGUAUUUACACUUUUGCCACUCUCCCUAUAAAUCAAACCCCAUCUUUUAUCAUAUUUUCUCAUUUUGGAAAUUCUCAACGUAUCUUCGAAUUCGGGUUUUUGAUCGGACUCCUGAGGUUUUCUCUUCCCCGACGUCUAGCUAUGAUUGGAUGUUGAAGGUUCAGCCAAAAGGAAACAAUUGCUAGGGUCUGAGUAGGUGACGAACAGAUACAGGUAGCAAUGAGCUUUUGCUGUUUUGGGAAAGGGAGGAGUGCCAAUGCUCGGGACGAAGCGGAAGAUAUCUCCGCUGCCAACAAUGUGAGGCUUUUUUCCUACAAUGAGUUAAGAUCUGCAACAAGAAACUUUGGUGCAAUGAACAAAGUAGGUGGCGGCGGCUUUGGAGUAGUCUAUAAAGGGAUCUUAAGGGAUGAAACACAAGUUGCUGUUAAAUCACUUUCUGCUGAAUCAAGUCAAGGAGUGCGCGAGUUUUUGACUGAGCUUGAUAUGAUAUCAAAUAUUAGACACCCAAACCUUGUUCAACUGCUUGGCUGCUGUAUCGAGGGCAGCAGUCGGAUGUUAGUCUAUGAAUAUCUGGAAAACAACAGUCUUGCAAAUGCAUUACUUGGUCCAAAGAGUAGACGAAUUGCUCUUGAUUGGCCUAGAAGAGCAGGGAUCUGCAUGGGUACAGCUCGUGGUCUGGAAUUUCUUCACGAGGAAGCUGAGCCACAUAUUGUACAUCGAGACAUCAAGGCUAGCAACGUUCUUCUCGACAAAGACCUUGUCCCUAAAAUUGGGGAUUUUGGGCUGGCAAAACUUUUUCCAGAUAAUGUCACUCACAUAAGUACAAGAGUGGCGGGAACAAUGGGAUAUUUGGCACCAGAGUAUGCCCAGUUUGGACAGUUAACAAAAAAGGCUGAUAUCUAUAGUUUUGGGGUGCUUGUACUUGAAAUAAUCAGUGGCAGAAGUAGCACUAAGGCAGCAUGGGGAGAAGAUCUGAUGGUUCUUCUGGAAUGGACAUGGAAAAUGCGAGAAGAAGAAAGACUGUUAGAUAUUUUGGAUCCGGAACUAGAGGAGUACCCAGAGGAGGAAGUAUUGCGCUUCAUCAAGGUGGCCCUCUUUUGUACCCAAGCAGCGGCGCAACAAAGACCAUCAAUGAAGCAGGUAGUGGAAAUGCUCUCAAAUAAGAUUACCUUCAACGAGAAAAUGCUAACCAAGCCAGGCAUCCUCAGGAACCCGGACCACUCUUCCAAAGACACAGGUAGUAGUUCUAAUAGCUCACAGGGACACAAAGGCAAAAGAUCGACGACAAACACAUACCCAAACAUUACUUCAAGCAAUAUAAGCAGCUCCCCUCUAAGCAUGACAGAUGUGGAGCCCAGGUGAGACGCUGGGAUAUUCACAGCAGCCCUUGUUAUAUUUUUUCAAUAGAGAUAUAGUUAAGGCGCGUCGAUGUUUUCUCUGGCGGGGCAUGAACAUGCACCAUGGCUGCUUUUCAUGUAACAGUGUUUUUCAAUUGUUUGUAGUUGGAUUUUGUUAGGGAAUGAAAAGGAAAGAAAUAAAGAAUCUGUAUACACUGAUUGUAUUUAUUAAUUACAUAUUCUUUUAGAAGAGUGGAAGGGCGGUUCUGUUCA